CAGUCUGCUUACCCGGCACUUGUCAUGGGAACCCUCUGUCUCUUUGGAGGCAUAACUGGGUUCGCAAGGACUCGUUCAGUGCCCUCAAUCGUCGCCGGCGUUAGUGUGGGUGCUCUAUACUUGUGGUCAGCAGACAGCGUCCGCAAAGGCACACCCAACGGGUUGGAAGGCGCACUAGGUGCAUCUGCACUUCUCUUUCUGUCAUCUCUACCACGAGUCGCCAAAGGACCUGUACCUGCCAUUCUGACCGUUACCUCUGCCUUGGCGGGAACUUACUAUGGAAGAGUCGUGUACAAUCUGAGGCAGUAG